AUGAAAAAAGGAAAAAAACUCCUCGCGCUAUCCCAGAGGGGAGGCGAACCCUCCAGGCAGAGGGGGAACUGCCUGUUCGUCCUAUCCGUGCGGCGGAGGUACGAGCACAUGAGGACGGUUCUGAAGGAAAGCCAAACAGCGCAAGGCGAUGCCUACGCAGAGGAAUCGCACCACCUUACAGAGGAAAACACAAGUGAAUCGCUUAACGAAAGAGAUGGCCAAACGGGCAACAAGGCAAGAGAAAAUAUUUUAAAAUACUACGAUGAGAAUAAAAAUGUGAUAAAGACAACUAACUACAUCUUGAGGGAGCACUUAAGUCGGGUCAUUUACAUAAACCAGAGGAGCUGCUUUUAUAAUUACUUUUACAACGCCUUCCCGUCUGUCCUGCAUAAUUAUUUGAGGCGGGUUAAAGGGGGAGGAGAGAAAACCGGGCUGGCAGACAUCUCCGGGGAGAGCGCUGACCAUGUCGGCGGGGCGGGAGCCGAUUGUCAAGCUGCGUCCAUCCCCCCAAGCGGCAGCGACGAAUCGAAGCGACCGCUAAACAUUAUGCACUACUACAACGCGCAAACGAAGCACGAAAUGGACGCGGACAACCUCAUCGACUUGAUUAGCCAAAAGGUAAACUGCCUUAACAGUGCAGGCGAAUUGCUAAAAAGCAUCAAUGACAACGUGCACUGGGGCAGCAUGAAGAUGAAGAGCGCAGAUCUGCAACAGCUGGAGAGGCUCUUCCAAAACGUUAUGGAGCGCACAAGUGACACAAACGAUGUAAAUAAAAAGGUAGAAAUUUUGCUGUACCUUUCGAAUGUGUGUAAUGAGAGUGCCUUUCCACACAUCCACAUGGGAGUUAAAAAACGCAUACAAGAAAUUUAUGAACAUAUAAAAAAAAAAAACAAAAAAGGGGUAGACGAAUUGUACAUUUUAUUCCUCCUUUAUAAGCAAUUCCUCUCCUCCAAAAGUGAAAAGUACUCAAAAAUGGACGUAGAAAAAUACCUUUCGGAGGAAAUUUCCUUCUACAAUUACUUAAAAAAUGAAAAUAUAAAUAUGUGUCUGUUGAGCUUAAUAUACCGCGACUUGUCUUUUCUCAAAAAUGAACGCGUCAAGUACGUCCUCAUGAAUUUAGCCUUUUCCAAAAUGAGGGAUUCGUUAUUUUUCUCCAGGGCGGGGGAGCCGCCGGGAAGCAACAAUGGUGGGAGUAUAAGCGGCGGAGGUAAAAGCGGAAGCAACAGCGGAAGCAGCGGCGGAGGCAACAGCGGAAGUGCCCUCGACCCGGCCAGGGGAAACGCGCACACCAACCUGCUGCUAACAUUCUUCACCAACACCCUCUUGCGAAACAACUUCUUCCAGUUCCUGCAGAAUGAUUACGUGAGCUCCGCGCACACCACCGUGAACUACACAACCAGGGUAAACCCAACCGACGUGAACAAUUACAUUUUUUACAAUCUCCUCAUCUCAGUUGCUCAGCUGAAGGAGUCGCAAGCCAAAUGCCAGGAUGCCAUCGUGAAAAAGAAAAUGCAGCUUUUUCUGUCCACUCAGAAAAAUAACACUUCAGUACACGAAUUGUGGCAGAUGAACAGUUAUGCUAACCACAUGAACGAUUUUAUUUUAAAUAAUAUCCUUUUUUUCACCUCCCAUUUUGUGAAAAAUAAAAUAAAUUUCGCAGGCAACAUGCACCUCUACAUCCUCAACGUGUACUGCGACAUCUUCGAUGUGAUGAAAGGCUUAGAGCUCUACACGGGAAUUAAAAAAAAAAAAAACCUCCUCAGCGACGCCAAGCAAAUUGUAAAUUAUAUACUUAACGAAAUGUAUGGGCAGAUCCAUUUAUGCACCCUCAAGGAAUUCGUUGCUCUGUGCGCCAUGGUAGAUAAGCUCCCGGCAAGUUUCACCUUCGAGCUGAAGAACGACGCUGACCAUGUGAACCUUAAGGUGGAAGAUGCCUUCUGCAGAAGCGGCCAAGGGGGGAAGGGAGACGCACAUCUGCGGCGUAUUCUGUACGUCCCUUAUGGACAAGCGGGUAGGAAGACCACCGAGGGGGGCGUGGGUGAAAAAAUUAACGCAGCGGAUGUGGGGCCCAUUUCGGAGCAGCACACGGGGGGAACUCUGGGAAGGCACCAAAUGGACGACUCGUAUCAGGCGAAGGAGAACCGCCCCGGAAAAAAGGCUUCACCCAAUGUUGUCCAUACUUCCGUUUCGUCUAGCAGCGCGGCUACCACCGCCAAAGCGAAGAAAAAAUCGACCGUGAUAAACAAACACGACUUCACCAUGUUGAUAGCCCGCUCCCUCUUCAACGAAAUUAGUGACGAGUUUAUUUUCCACAUGAAAGAGAAAGAGGGGAUCCCCCCUGCCAGUGGAACCAUGACGAAUUCGGAUGACGCGAUUUUCGAGCAUAUUUACCAAAAGCACUAUGAAUCCUUUUUGCGCAACGCAGGUGUGUACAUAAACCACGUGGAGCAGAAUUACAACCCGGGCACCGCAGAACAGAUACUAAACUGCUUCAUCCUAUUCACACACAUAAGCCAGUUGGAUGUGUCCGACCUGUGUGUCCUCAUGAGCAUCGUUAGGCAGAUGAACAGACUGCAGCCCUUCGUCGAUUUUUUCAUUGCCAAGCGGGUUGAAGCAAUGUUGGGGGGGGGAGGCUUUGGAGGGGGUGCAGAAAGUCGCGGCGGUGCAGAGUUAAAGAAGAAGGGGAAGAGUUACCAUUUUACGGACACCUACUUGGAUGACUACAUAUCGCAAAUCAGCCACAGGGGGAAAGCGCACCAUGAAGGUGCAGAGGCGACUGCUCAAAGUGAUGGGGAAAGCAUCACCCAGUGGGGGGAACUCCCAAACGGAGUCCACUCCGCACAAAGGAAGAACCAUUUUGACGAUAUGAACCUUAACACUCAUUCGUUGUAUGCCGCCAAUUUUGAAAAAUACUACCACGACUAUGACCUCUGCAGCAGUGUGGUGAAUCUCUUCCUGUUGGUAGACCCCUCCAGCCGCAUCAGUCGCUCCAUCGCGAAGUUCCUCCCACAUAUCAGCCUGAAACAGGUGAACAUUUUUAAAAUUCAUUUGGACCAGCUUUCUUGGAAAGGAGGAAGAAAAAAGGGGGAACACCCCCUUGGGUUUUCCGUAACCCCCCUAACGUGGGAAAAGGAGGAAGGGCUAGGCGAACUCCCCAACAUUUUGGAAACCCAAACGGGGAGCAGCAACUGGAUGGGAAAUUCUCAGCAGGAGAAAUCCCUAGGAAAAAAUAUGGCCUUACCAGGUGACACAGAUACCCUCUGCAGUAGUGCCAACCCCUUCGUUGAAGACGCAGCGAAUAGUGCCCUCCACUGGGAAGGCAGCAAUCUCCCACAUGGGGAACAACACCCCUUACAGUACGACAUCAUUUAUAGGAUAAUCGAGGCCAGACUGAAAUACAACAUUGCAGUGAAAAAUUACCUCUCCAAAAGGGAAGAGGAAAAUAAUGAAGAAGUGAAAAACUUCCUAGAAAAGGAGCUUCUGCCAUUACAUCAAAUUGCAAAUCUGCUGAACUGGAUUAGCCCCAUAAAUGACGAGGAGAAAUACAUGAAGCUGGUUACCCUCGCGUUAAAAGAUAUAAUCCUAAGCAGACACGAACUUGUGGACAUCAAAACGUUCCGUAUCGUAACGAAAAUUCUCAUCGGCGUGAGAAGGAUGUAUCAAAAUAUUUUUUUCCCUUCCGAAUAUUCCUACUUAACUAUGCUCACAAAAAAUUAUGUACAAGUCAUGCAGAAUUUCUUCCCCUUCUUUCACCUGCUGGAUUAUUUCCACGCGCUUCAAAUAUUUACAAAAUAUAAUUUGGCCGCAAAAUAUUUAAACCAUUUAAUCCACCUCAACGAAGAACUCAACAAAGUGAACGUAAAAAAUGUCAACGCCCAUCUCGUUCACGUCAUUCUACAUUUUUACAGCAAGUUAAAUUAUGUGAAUGAGAAAUUUAUUUGCCACAUCGUUCAGAGGUACGCCAUCUCCAUCCUGCAGCAGAUGAACACCGUCAACGUACAGGUGGUGGACGAUUUGAUUAGGACAAACGACAUGCUGCUCUCCCUGUGCGUUAGAAGUAAGGACGUUAUACAGCUGAACUACCUGCUUUUACAACGCUACGGCAAUUUUUCUCGCCAGUUUAAAAUUGACGACAGCGAUGAGGUGCAGGAACGCGGGGUUGCCACCUCCCCCAGUGAGCAAAGGGGGGAUGUGCCCUCAAGAAGGUUCUUUCCCAAUGAAGAGGCUAAAUGUACACACACAGAUGGGGACACUGGGCAAUCUCCUUUUACGGGACAAAGUGGGCAUGGGAAAGGGGAAGUGCCUCCAAAAAAUGCCGACACAUUUGCCGCCACAUCCCAAGAGGAGAAUAACUCGCUUUGCAGUGGACACGCACCAGAGGAGGAGGGAAAAUUACUCGGACGGGGUAAUCACCCAAGUGAGGGGAAAUACACAAAUACGCGUGGGACACCCCCUAUCGGUCCCUCCCCACAAAUCCGCCACACAGCGGAACAAACGAAUGGAAAGGAAGUUACCACGAAUAGUCUCGUUACACACACAUUCCAUCUUCCCCUAACGCAUAAAAUAAAAAUUAUUUAUUUCUUAUGCAAAUCUCACCAUUACAACGACCUGGUAAAGUCCUACUACCUGCAGCUAAUAAGUGAGUGUCUGCAGAACACCAGCGCUCUGCUGAAUGAAGAAGAUUACUGCAAAGUGUAUGAAAGUUAUGUGCACGUAAUUUUAAAUUUUUAUUUCCUCUCCUUCAAUAAGAGUAACAAGUACAUCAAUUUUGUGUUAAGUAAUUUGCCUUGCUAUUAUUGGUACAAGAGGGAGGAGGAAAAACUAAACUUGUUCGUCUCCUCCAAAGAAUUUAAUGACAUCCAACACGUUUUAAAAUUGCUCAAUAUUCAUUUCCUGGCCCCGACGUUGACGGAAAUUUAUUUCAUCCACUUUUUUAACGACGUGAAGAAGGCCAUCCAUACCUCCGCCAUCCCAGAGAGUGUCCUCCACUUGUACCAGAAGUACAACCUCCUCAUCGACGACAUUCGCAACAAGAGCGUUUCUGUUUUGUGCGUCCCGGAGGAGCACGUUCUUCGCGACGAACAUGGGAACCACAAAAACCUCAUAAACGACAGCCACUACGUUUACGAAAAUAUAAAAAAAACCUACCCGACUUCUUUGAUAUUCUUGAGCGAGUGGAAGACCCUAAAUGUGGAGGAAAAGUGCGACUACGUCUUGCGCACCAUCCAUUCUUCGCUCAACGUCUGA